AUGAAGUACUGGUACAUAAGUGUGCCCUUAUGUCUCCUAUUUGCGUAUAGUCUCUACGGACAUGCAGGUGCCUUGGCAUCCGAUGAAACUACUUGCGAUCUAAUUGAUCAUACAAAUUAUUGUCAGUAUAUUGGCAAAAAUUGUAAUACUGAAUAUUUUAGUAUAGCAAGCAAAUAUUACUGUUCAAAAUAUUACCCUUCAUAUAUUCUACGGUUAUCUACGUCAUUAUUGAUACUUGUUGGGCUACUGUUGCUUUUAAUAUCAUUAAGUCUAUUGGUAUCUAACUAUUUGUUCCCAAAUCUAAACGAUAUAGCACAGCUUUUGCUGAUUAAUGAUCAGAUUUUAAGUUCUAUAUUAAUACCGUCUACUAAUGCAUUUGGAGAUUUUAUUAAUUACUAUGUUGCUUUAAAUGCAAAUUCCGUUGAUUUAGUCUUGGGACAGCUACUUGGGUCUCUAUUGAUUAUCGUUACCGUAAUAAUUGGCCUUAUUAGUAUAGUACGUCCAUUCAGAAUAAAUCAUGCUAAAUGGGUCUUAACUGAUUUUGCUUGGAUAUUGGUGGUUCUCACGCUUCUUCUGUACAUUUUGUCUGAUGGCGUCAUAACCAUGCACGAAUGUAUCAUUAUGAUUGGAUUUUAUUUCUGCUAUGUUGCAUAUCUAUUACGGGCUGAGAAGGAAAUAGAGUGCACUGAGGAUGAAUGUCAUUCAUUAUAUUCGACUGAAUCGAUAAAAUCCAUAAAUCAUGCACUAAACAUAGAUGAUGCUCUUGAUAUCUUAUCCAAUGCUGAAGUCAUACGGUCACCAUCACCCAUGCUUCAUAUUGAUGAGGAACUCGAGACAUCGUAUGAAUCUGAGAGCUGGUUUCUCAAUGUUCUGAAACAUAUAGUGAAUUGCAUCAAUUUUAUAUUCACAUUAUUCAUACCGGUCUCUUCAUCGCCAUACUACGAUUCAAGAUUAUUUCAAAUUUGGCAUUUUUGUAUAAUAUCGUAUGUAAUGAACAUGCAAUUUUUCAACCUUACUCUUGUUGAUUUGGUUCCAAUCAUUUUAGUGGGAAUAUUAAUAACGGAAUUUAUCAAGCCAAUUUUGAAUAGGCUUCCAAAGAUCUAUCAAUGUAUCAUUAACGUUGUGGGAAUUACUAUGUCUUUAAUAAUCAUGUCACAAAUAUCAAAGGAAGUUUUAAAAGUCUUCAAGAAUUUAGGAAUUAUUCUAAGAAUAUCGGAUUACUUGCUUGGAUUAAUCGUUUUUUCCGCAAGUAAUUCGAUCAACGAUAUUGUCACCAAUAUAACGAUUUCCACAGCGAUAAACCCAAUGUUCGGCCUCAAUUCGUGUUUGGGUACUCCGAUGUUAAUUAUAUUACUAGGAAUUGGAGUAAAUGGGUUAAUUCUUAAUUUGAACCAUCAUUCAUUAGUUUUUGAAUUAAAAACAAAUUUGGUUGUCAGUCUUUUAGGAUUAAUUGCGACAAUCGUAUUCUAUUUGGUUUACAUUCCAUUGAAUAAUUGGAAGCUCGAUAAAAGAUUAGGAAUUAUCGUUAUUGGCUGGUGGUUAGUUGUAACAAUAAUUAACUUUUCUCUUGGAUAA